UAAUUAACCGUUUGGUUUUACUCGGUUGCAUAAUAAGUGGCAAAAUAAACUAGUCCCACGCGAAAUUCGCAUCGAUAGUCAACUCGAUAAUGACAAAGACAGCGGGCACACACACCUUCACACAGACACCACUACAGGCACACCCGACAGCAUAUGCAUAGGGAAAAGAAGCAAGAAGCAAAGCAGAAGCGAAUAAGAACUGCGUAUAUGUGAAAUAAACAGCAGCAGACGCAGACACAGUGGUGUGGUUUUUUCGGAAUAGAUCUCAGGCCCCACAGGAGACGCAUGAUAUUACGCACAAUCAGAAAAGUCAAGUAAAAACGGGCAUUAAGUAAUCAACAAUUCGGACGAGAGCCAGUGGAGCCGACUCGAAAAGUGACAAAAACAGCUGUGGCGGUGGAAAGGGGACUAGAAAAGUAUCCAUAAAGUGCGAAAGGUCAGCAGUAGCUGUAGCAGCAGCAGACGGCGCAAAGGAACAUAGAAUACAAUUCUUUGUUGUGACUGUGUGCGUGUUUGUGUGUGUUGCGGUUCUUGUGUUUUUGCUUGUGUGUCUAGCUGUCACUUUCUGGCGCGCGCAAAAGAUAUACACAAAUUGAAAAACGGUGGCCACCCCCAAACACCCGCCCCCUCUGCUCCAGCACCUUGAUGUACGCGCCCGGUUCCGGUGCCGCUUGGUUGUCGUCGUCGCUGUCGUGGUUCUCGUCCCUGUUUUCCCACCAACGCAUCGCAACGCAAUUGCAAUUGCAUUCAAAAGUGGAAGUGUGCUGAUACUUGUCUUAAUUGCCCGUCUAACUCUUGGAUUGCCAUCGGCUGGCCAGCGGAGCAGCGGAAGUGGAGUUGGAGUGCAGCAGUGCCAGUGCCGUUUUUGCAAAAACGCUUGUACAGAAACGCUGACAACGCUCCACGCCUCGCCAAACGCUCAGGGAGAGAGGGAACGGAAAGGAAUUUUUUGAAUUUGCACAAAUUGCAUUCAAAGAAAAUUCCCCCCCAGAUCAUAUAGAGACAGAGAGAGAGAGAGAGGUCUUUAAAUCUUCAACUGCUGCUGCAUCCACCCGAUCCGCACAGAGCUUCAGCCAGGAGCAGCAGAGAGCCAGAGCCAGAACCAGCCCCAGCCCCAGCCCCCCACCCCUUGUGCCGUUGUGUGCGCGUGUGGCUCUGGUGUCCACCGACCGUGAGAUGUUGCCAUUCACCCCGCAAGUGGUCAAACGUUUGUUAGCACUCAAAAAGGGCAACGAGGACAACACCGUCGAGGGCAAGUGGUCGGAGAAGGCCGUCAAGAAUCUGGUGAAGAAGAUCAAGAAGAACUCGCAGCUGGAGGAGCUAGAGCGUGCCAUAUCCACACAGAACUGCCAGACGCGCUGCGUGACAGUGCCGCGCAGUAAGCCCGUCCCCCCCGGCGAGCAUCUGCGGAAGGGUCUGCCGCACGUCAUCUACUGCCGCCUAUGGCGCUGGCCGGAUUUGCAGUCACAGAAUGAAUUGAAGCCGCUGGAUCACUGCGAGUACGCCUUCCACUUGCGCAAGGACGAGAUCUGCAUCAAUCCGUAUCACUACAAGAAGAUCGAGCUGUCGAUAUUGGUGCCCAAGUCGCUGCCCACACCACCCGAUUCCAUAGUAGACUAUCCGUUGGACAACCACACGCAUCAGAUACCAAAUAAUACCGAUUAUAAUGCUGCGAUAAUACGCAGCGCCUCGUUGAGUCCGCCGCAGUAUAUGGAAUUGGGUGGUGGCAGCGGUCCGGUCACCUCCUCCUCAGCAUCAGCCUCCGCUUCAGUGUCCGUCUCGGCCACAUCCUCAUCGUCAUCCUCGUCCUACCAGCAGCCACUAUCGUUUGGACAGAACAUGGACUCGCAGUCGAGCGUGCUCAGUGUGGGCAGCAGCAUUCCCAACACGGGCACCCCGCCACCCGGCUACAUGAGCGAGGAUGGGGACCCGAUCGAUCCCAAUGACAACAUGAACAUGUCGCGCCUGACGCCGCCCGCCGAUGCCGCCCCAGUGAUGUACCACGAGCCAGCCUUCUGGUGCUCCAUCUCCUACUACGAGCUGAACACGCGGGUCGGCGAGACCUUUCAUGCCUCCCAGCCCUCUAUUACGGUGGACGGCUUCACAGAUCCCUCCAAUUCGGAGCGCUUCUGUCUCGGUCUGCUCUCCAAUGUGAAUCGCAACGAUGUCGUCGAGCAGACACGCCGUCACAUCGGCAAGGGCGUUCGCCUCUACUACAUUGGGGGCGAGGUCUUUGCCGAAUGCCUCAGCGAUUCGUCCAUAUUCGUGCAGAGUCCGAACUGCAAUCAGCGUUACGGCUGGCAUCCGGCCACCGUUUGUAAAAUCCCGCCCGGCUGUAAUCUGAAGAUCUUCAACAAUCAGGAGUUUGCCGCCCUUCUCUCCCAGUCCGUGUCGCAGGGAUUCGAGGCCGUCUACCAGCUGACACGCAUGUGCACCAUUCGAAUGUCCUUCGUGAAGGGCUGGGGAGCCGAGUAUCGCCGCCAGACGGUCACGUCAACGCCCUGCUGGAUUGAGUUGCAUCUGAAUGGGCCGCUCCAGUGGCUGGAUCGCGUUCUCACCCAAAUGGGAUCGCCGCGACUGCCCUGCAGCUCCAUGUCGUAGGCAGCCUAGGAUCGUAGAAGACCUAACGCAACACACAAAAAUGUAGGGCGUUCCCUGUUCCCUGUUCCCAUUCCCAGAAUCUGCAGUGCAUUGCAUUGCAUACUUUUGAGCGUGAAGGGGAAUUGGAACCGGGAAUCGGC